AUGAAGAACAUUGGAACCGCUUUGAUGUUGUUGGCAUGCUCUGCCAACUACGUCGUCUCACUCCCGGCACAGCCUCAGGGCGACGUCUUGGCCGUGCGUGCCCCUUACUAUUCGAACCUUGAUGCCAGAACAGCCCCAUACGAAAGGCGAGGACUGGUUCCACGACAAGGCCAGGGCAAAGGACAGGGCCAGGGUAAGGGCAAGGCGGCCAGGGGCAAGGGCAAUGGAGCGGCAAACGCUGCCAAUGGUAACAAUGCGGCAGCAGGUGGAAACGCCAACAACGCUGCAGCAGGUGGUAAGGCCAACGGUGCCGGAGCAGGUAACGCCAACAACGCCGCCGCGGCUGGAAAUGCCAACGCCGGAGCAGGCAACGCCAAUGCCGGAGCAGGUAACGCCAAUGCCAAUGCCGGAGCAGGUGGCAAAGCGAAGAAGGCCAAGAAGGCCAAGGCUUCUGCAGCUGCACCCGCUGCCUCUUCAGCAGCCGCUGCUGCCUCAGGUGAUGCUGCUGCAACCGCCACCGGCGCCGCAAAUGCUGGUGCCACGGGCGUGGCCGCUCGUCACAUGAUUCCUCGUGACGCCUAUGCCCAUCUCGUUGCUCGCAAGAAGAACAAGGGUGGUGCCAACGCAGCCGCGGGUAACGCAACGGCCCCAGCAACAGGCGAUGCGGCAGCUGCCGAUAAAGCAACCCAGAACGCUGCUAAGACACAGGACAAGCUCACUCAGGCUCAAGCUGACCUAGAUGCUGCGACUGCCGCAGGCGACGCCGCCGCCGAGGAGAAAGCACAAGCCAAGGUUGACAAACUCACUCAGAAGCUGGCAGGUCAGCAGGCUGCUGCGGGUGCGACUGGAAAUGCCUCGAACGCUACUGCUCCAGCCGCUGGAGAAGCACAGCAAGGAAACAAGGCAGGAAACAAGGCAGGAAACGCUGCUCAGAAGGGCGAGGCUGCUGCCGGUGAUGCUGCUCAGAAGGGAGAGGCUGCCGCCGGCGAUGCUGCUCAGAAGGGAGAGGCUGCCGCCGGCGACGCUGCUCAGAAGGGAGAGGCUGCCGCCGGUGAUGCUGCUCAGAAGGGCGAGGCUGCCGCCGGCGACGCUGCUCAGAAGGGCGACGCUGCUGCCGGUGAUGCUGCUCAAGGCAACGCUGCGGGAAGCGGACUUGAGUCACUGCUUGGUCAGCUGCAGGGUGCUCUCGGCGGUGGAAACAACGCGAACGCUGGCGCACAAGCUGGAGAUGCUGCAGGCGCUGGAGGUGCUGGAGGCCUCGGCGGACUUCUGUCCGGACUCCUCGGCGCUUGA